UCUAGGCUGCCUCUCGGUCCCCUGAUUCCCCAUUUCUCCAGCUCCGUACUCGCCGCUUACCGCGAUAACCGCCAGCUCACGUCCCCGGUCGAUCGUAACACCCAAUUCGGGAACACUAGCGAUGAUAUCUAGAUCGUAUUGGCCACCAGCUGCUUUUGCUGCGGGGUUUGCAUCCGCAAGCUUUUUCCUCUGCAGUUCUACUCACCAGCCGUCCAAUGAUCAACGUGGGCUUACAACAGGAGAAAAGCCUCAUGUUUGUCUCACCCGGUGCCUCCAUAUUCGGGUACCUGGAGCGCCCGACAGGCGGCCGGGGGAAGAAGCGCGGAAGAGCCCGAGCCUGUUCAUAGGCUGAUUCGCUGGGUACGUUAUUGCGCAUGCCAUACCUCCAUAAGCCGCCUUCCAUACAGUCUACUUUUGUCUGCGGUGGCGCAUGUGUCAACCUCGCCUCUUUCCGCGC